GAAAUGGUACCUUGGAAGUGAGGUGGGAUGGAAGACAUAAAGAGGGAGGGGUGGUUGCUGCGGCAAAAUGGGGCCGCCUCCGAGUCACCAUCCCAUGAAGCCCGACACAGCCCACCAGCUUCUCGCCGGUCGUUUCUGUACCCGGUCUGGGUCUGAGGUCUCCUCUACGCUUGGCCCUGGUCUCUGCUCCUCCCACGCCUUCCUCUACUUUGCCAUUGGUACGCUUCUCAAUGCCUGUCCGAGUUACAAUGCUGAGGGCCGAAGUCGGGAGAGGGACACAAGGGAAGGCUUGGAGCUCAUCCAAUGCUCAUGCCACCCACUACACGGCGGCACACGAGGGCUGAUGACGUCCCUUUUGGACAAUCUUUACACGCUUGCCAUUGCAGCAUGGGAAGAUGAAUACAACGCGCGGAGUGAGGGCCAGACGACACGCCGAAGGACCACCCGCAAUUUUGACGUACUUUGCCUGUACAUCGAACAGAUCGGCCCAACGUCCGCCUGCUGUAAUUCGCUUUUAGCAAUCGUAUUCUGUCCUCGUUUGCCAGGGGAGUCCGCUUUCUGCGACCUGCUUACCUGACAGGCACGUCAAAACCUGCUGGAUGGGCAGCUGUGCAGGAAAAAAGUGGGAGGACAUCUGUUAUGGUUGCCUCAGCCCAUGCUCCAAGGCAAGACCGCCUCAUCAUUUGUCUUGUUCUCUUUCGUCCUUAUUAGUUUUUCCAGUUCUCAAUGUUUGAACCUUUCGACUUGCAACUCGAUGGCUUCGGGGUCAUCCCCUGAAUUGCGACAAUGGAUACAUCAGCGCCAAUUCAGGAUAAGGGGAGCAUGGCAAAUGGUCCAAAAAUACAUGGGAGGGCAUGAGCUAUGCAAUAAUGAGGGGCCCGGCUUUCAUGUCCCUGUCGUCGUCUAAGUGGCGGGCCGGCCUACCGCGGCCAAAACAUCUGAGCGGUCUUUGGUACACGCACACACACACACACACACACACACACAAUGUCCGCAUACGCACGCAAAUUAAUCGUACAGCAGAAAUGCCUCUUCUGUUG